ACUACGACAAUUUCAAUUUGUUGUUUUUUGGAUUACUCAUCUUGUUCGUUGUAUUGUAAAUUGUUAUAAUUUAAUUGAAAACAAAGAAAGAAUCAUGCAUGAGUCCACAACGUGAUGAUAUACGCAUUAUUUUACUGAUAUCACGAAGACAACCGUUCGGAUGAUUAACUGUAAACCCCAGUCAAGUGGAAAUGGAACAAUUGUGUAAAUAACAAAUUUCCGUGUUCAAAUUACCAUUAAAUUCUGUCGUGUGUUACGUUCCAAGGCUGUAGUUAUAGAAUUAACAAAAUCAACAAGAUAAAUAGCAUUAAAGUUCCAACUAUUUAACAAAUUAAAACCUAUAGAAUUGAACAAGUGAAAACUAUUACAAAAAUACGAAAUCUCUGCAACGCUACGAAAAUAGUUGAGAGACCAUGGCUGCUGCACUCGCGAACGAUUCUCCUAAAUAUAGAAACAGUUUAAUAUGCUGCAGCCCACGCAGUGCGGAUGUGGCAUCGAGAUCCUCGUCUUCCACGUCAGGCUGCGUGUCUGCGGACGAAAGCAUCGACUCGAACUACGUACCCAAGUCGAUGUCGAACAAAAAGCUUAAAAUCCACAGCACAGCUACUCGGGAGGAGAUAGAAAGAGCAAUCAAUCAAUGUAAGGAGCUAGUUUUGAGCAGUCCGCAGUGUUCAGACGAAAGGAAAUGGUUGGUGAGAUACUUGGUUGAACUCAGGCUUAGAUUGGAAGAUCUGAAGGACAGCGACGGGCAGCUGAGGGCCAAGGUAGCAAUAAAAGGUCACCACUUCGAGCAGCAAAUGAAUAUAGCUAAUAGAAAACAGUAUUGUGAUCACUGCAGCGGCAUUGUGUGGAGUAUUGUACAAAGCUCGUACAUUUGCACUGACUGCGGCUACAUCUGUCAUUAUAAAUGUGUGGACGAGGUGUGUAGAGUCUGUGCUCAUGUUGUUAUGACAGAAAAAGGGCAGUUCGAGAUGAACAUUUGCCCAGAAAAAGGAUUAGCGGCCCAAGACUAUAAAUGUGCAGAAUGCAGUACCGCUCUAACAUUUAAAGACGCUUGGAACGAACCACGGUUGUGCGACUACACAGGCAUGUACUUCUGUGCAACAUGCCACUGGAACGACCUGUCUGUCAUCCCCGCGAGGGUAGUGCACAAUUGGGAUUGGGACAAAAAAUACAUAUCAAGAUUAGCUUACCAAAUGUUGACACUAUCAUGGUCGAGGCCAUACAUAGACAUUGAGAGCAUAAACUCCAAACUUUUUAAUUUCAUAGCUGAAUUGGAAUGGGUACACAAGAUGCGGAAGGAUUUGGAAUGGAUGAGGAGGUAUUUGUGCUCUUGUGGUGAAGGCUCCAGCUUGCUGUCUCCAUUGUCAGUUCAACUGGGUGACGUCAAUAAGAAAUACAGUAUGGCACAUUUGCAAGCAAUCAAUGACGGAACUUUAGAAUCGCAGCUAACCGAACUUACAGAGGAAUGUAGAUCUCACAUAACAAACUGUGCAUUAUGUUCUGGUAAAGGAUAUUUAUGCGAAAUAUGCAGCAACAACGAGGUUUUAUAUCCUUUUGACAAUGGUGCGAUAAUGUGCGAGAAAUGUAACUCUAUGUACCAUAGAGGCUGCUGGUUGCGGAAAGGACAGAAGUGUCUCAAAUGCCUGCGGCUAGAUGAAAGGAGAAAGAUCACUUCACAACCUGCAGAUGAUAUUGAUUCACAUUUAGAGUAUGAAAUUGAUAAAUUUGUUGAGUAGAUUUCUCUCAUAGAAUGUAUUUACAUAUUUACUAAAAUAUAUUUGUUAUUAUUA